AUACAAUAAAACACACGCCCCUUUUACUACGCUUUCAACUUUUUCUCGAUCUAUCUCUCCUAUAUAUUUACAUAUAUAGCUUCCUUUGUCCACACUUUAUCAAUCUACAAUUUGUUCUUUUGCUUCUCAUUAUUCUUAUAUAUAGAUCAAAGAUCCUUUGAAGUUUUCAUGAGUAGUGAAAAGAUGGUUUGCAUGGAAUCUCGUUCUGGAAGGGCGAUGCAAAGAUACAAUGAAACUGGUGGUCGCAAAGUUGUAGGGUGCAUCCCCUACAGAUAUAAACAAGACAUUGAUGGAAAUAUAAGCAAUGAAUUGGAAGUUCUUCUUGUUAGCUCACAAAAGGGUCAUGCAUUCAUGUUUCCAAAGGGUGGAUGGGAAGUUGAUGAAUCUUUAGAAGAAGCAGCAUGCAGAGAAUCUCUUGAAGAAGCAGGAGUUGUAGGAAUUGUUGAACAUGAGUUAGGUGAAUGGAGUUUCAUUAGCAAAAGAUAUGGUAUAUACUAUGAAGGUCACAUGUUUCCUUUACUUGUCAAAGAACAACUUGAGUUUUGGCCAGAGAAAAAUAUACGGACAAGAAUAUGGAUGAAUGUUGUUGAAGCAAGAGAUGUUUGUCAACAUUGGUGGAUGAAGGAAGCAUUAGAUAUGCUUGUUCAUAGGCUAAAUCUACAGCAAAAUAAGUAGCUAGAAGUAAUUAUUGAAAAUGUUUUGCAUUGCUUAAGUAUUGAAAAAUAGAAAGUUGGGGGAUAUUUAUCAUGUUACAUGAGAGGGUCAUUUCAUUAUUUCCGAUAAGUUAAAACUAAGAGUUGUCCAAGUUAUGUAUUUAUCAUGUUCAUAAACAAGUUAUAUAUUAUUUCCCAUAAGUUAAAGUUGUUAUCACUGAUUUUAUU